AUGCCGCUUACUUUGGGGGAUGUCUUCCCAAACUUCGACGCUGAAGCGUUGGGGGUUGAAAGCUUCAAUCUCUACAACUAUUUGGGUGACAGCUGGGGAAUUAUGUUCAGCCAUCCCAAUGACUUCACUCCCGUGUGCACGACGGAGCUCGCAGAGGCCGUCAAGCUCCACAAGAAGUUUGCGGAGAAGAAGUGCAAGCUUGUCGGGUUUUCGUGUAAUGAUAUGAACAGUCAUAAGUUCCUUAGUGACAUUUUGAGUGCCCUUGGAGAAUGCGGAGGACACCUGAUUUGCUCUUACGUCAUCAUCGCUGCACGUUGUUGCGCAGGGGUGGGCUAA